CGGAGACCUGCCAGCCACAACACCUAGGCACUGGGGUUGCUACUGGAAUAGAACAAAGUGCUGGAGACCAUCUGCUCCGAAGGAUUUAAGAGGGCUUGGAGUACAAAAAAGAACAGCUUUUAAUUGAAGCUGGAAAACCCAGGUGAUUACAAGUACUGAUAAUCGUAUAAAACAAAUGUAGAGAUGGUGAAAUGGCAGAAUAAAAAAUAUGCCUGCUGAGCUAACAGACUGCAGAACAUGGGGAUUCUUCCAGAAGAGGUGAUGGACAAUCACACUCAGAACUGCACCAUUGACCAUAGCAUACAUCAGAUGUUGUCACCUGUGAUAUAUAUACUUGUCUUUGUAGUAGGACUCCCAGCCAAUUGUCUCUCAUUGUACUACGCUUACUUGCAAGUUAAGGUCAAGAAUGAACUAGGAAUAUACCUUUGCAAUCUAACCAUAGCCGAUCUGCUUUACAUUUUCUCUCUACCUUUUUGGCUCCAGUAUGUUUUGCAGCAUGACAACUGGACUUACAAUGAACUCUUAUGCAAAAUUUGUGGCAUCCUCCUUUAUGAAAACAUUUACAUCAGCGUGGGUUUUCUCUGCUGUAUCUCCAUUGACCGUUAUCUUGCACUGGUGCAUCCUUUUCGUUUCCAACAGUGUCGUACAAUGAAGGCUGCUGUGGUGGUGAGCACUGUCAUCUGGACUAAAGAAAUUGUGACUUGUUUGCUGGUUUUUAAACAUGGAGAAGUGAGUAAAGACUCGGAGAGCCACGUAGUGUGCUUUGAGCAUUAUCCCAUAAAAAUCUGGGAACAUAACAUAAACUUUUACCGUUUCACAGCUGGUUUCCUAUUUCCAUUUUGCCUCCUUAUUUUUUCCUACUAUGGAAUUCUACGUGUUGUCCGGAAGAGUCAUGGCACUCAGAAAAAAAGGAAAAUUCAAAUUAAACGCCUAGUUUCAAGCACAAUCUUAAUUUUCUUAAUUUGCUUUGGACCGUAUCAUGUUCUUUUGUUAAUACGCAGCCUAUUUGAGAAGAGCUGUGAAUUUGCUGUCAAAAUCUUUAACAUCUAUCAUAUUUCUCUUUUGUUGACCACUUUUAAUUGUGUUGCAGAUCCCAUACUAUAUUGCUUUUCAAGUGAAAAUACCUACCAGGAUUUUGCCAAAACAGGAGGAUCUUGUUUAAAAUGCCUAAAAUGUAUUCCAAUAGAAAACAAGGAAUCCUAUACAUUAAAUACUCCAGAAACCAGGAAAAAAGACAGUGAACAAGCUGAUUUGAACACAGGAUUGGUUAAAUGAACUCUGUUAUUCAUAAAAUAGAAGUACGAACUCUUUCUCACCCAAAUAGUGAUGUAAACUCUCCAUGCAAAGAUUUGCUCACCUCACUUUUUUACAUCUAAAUAUAGAUAUGAGAAUCAUUAUAGCCUGUAAAAUGAUUCAUAAUUUAAAAAUACAAUAAAAUCUGCUAUACUGGCA